CGCCUGCCGGUUCAGCCAUGGCGCGUGUUCUGAUCGUGGGCGCGGGACUGGUGGGCAGCUUGUGCGCUGCGCUUUUACGCCGGGAGCUGUCGCAGCGCCUCCUGCGCGUCGUCGUGUGGGACAAGGCGCGGGGCGCAGGGGGAAGAAUGGCUACAAGCCGCAGCUCUCACGAUCCGAAAUGCACGGCAGAUCUAGGAGCCCAGUACGUCACGCGAAUGCCCGAGUACGCCAAGAAGCAUCAAAGCUUUUAUGAAGAUCUGCUGACCCAUGAAGUGCUGAGGCCGUUGACUGCCCCGGUAGAUGGAAUAGUAAUGAAGGAAGGAGCUGAGAAUUUUGUAACACCUCAGGGAAUUUCAUCAAUUCCCAAGCACUAUUUAAAGGAGUCAGCAGAUGCAGAUGUCUUCUAUGACCACCAUGUCACUCAAAUCAACCUCAAAGAUGGGAAAUGGGAAGUCUGCAUCAAUACAGGUUCUUCAGACCAGUUUGAUGUGGUUGUUCUCACAAUGCCUGUCCCACAGAUUCUUCAGCUUCAAGGUGACAUUGUGAACAUAAUUAACAAAAGUCAAAGGCAGCAACUAGAAUCUGUGAGCUACUCCUCUCGCUACGCUCUGGGCCUUUUUUAUGAAGCUGGCACACAGAUUGAUGUCCCUUGGGCAGCACAGUACAUCUCCAAUAAUCCCUGCAUACGCUUCAUCUCCAUCGAUAAUAAGAAGCGCAAUAUAGAAUCACCUGACAUUGGCCCGUCCAUUGUUGUCCACACCAGUGUGUCCUUUGGAACCGGACAUUUAGAGUGGGACAAGGAAAAGGUGCAGCAGUUGAUCCUAGACCAGUUGAAAGAUACUAUACCUCAUUUGCCUAAACCAUCAAGCAUCAAGUGCCAGAAAUGGAGAUAUUCUCAGGUUACUAAAGCUUUCCCAGGAAGUCCAGGACAAAUAACUCUUCAUAAGAAACCUUUCCUUGUCUGUGGAGGUGAUGGAUUCGUUCACUCCAACUUCGAUGGGUGCAUAGAAUCAGCCAUGACUAUUGUGGAGGCUUUAAAGUCCAGUUUGUAGGAUUGUUAGUAAUUGUUCCCCCCAAUAUCAACUUAUUUCUAGAAUGAUUUAUACAUUGAUUUACUAAAACUUGGUAUAUGUAACCUACUUGUCCUCUAUUUAAAGGAAAUAAAUCAU